AUGAACUCGGCUAACUCCCACAUUGCUGAAGAUUGCUUGUUGGUAUGUUGGCAAAUCUGGAAAGCUCGAAACAACCUUAUUUUCAGUGAUCUGUCGACACCUUUUCAGGCUACUAUUCAACAUGCUGCUUCCAUUGGCUCCACCUAUUGGAAUGCCAACAAAAGAACUCCCAGCUUAGCGCCUGCCAAUCAUAACAUCAUCAAAUGGAUUCCCCCAACUGCUAACUGGCAUAAGCUCAACUUCGAUGGUGCAGUUUCCUCUACUUCUGCUGCCGUUGACUUUGUCAUUCGAAGCUCUUCAAGCCAACCCUUGAUUUCUGGUUCUCGAAACUGGGUUCCAGUUGCUAAAAGCUUUGCUCUCAAGGAUGGCUUACUUGCAGCCCUAGACUUAAACAUCCAAUCCCUUAAGAUCGAAGGUGACUCUGCUCUGAUUAUCAGCUGCUCUCAGAAUGUCUCUCCUUCUCCGUGGUCAAUUAAAUAUAUCAUUAGAGAUAUUGAAGAUUGCAUUGGAAGAUUCAAGUAA